AUGCCGCCUCGACGCGCCGCGUCCAGCAAACGAAAAGCGGAGGCCUCCGACUCGGAGGCGGAGGAGAAAAUCACGAAAAAGGCUAAAACCGAGGCCGUCACUACCGCCACUGGACCCACGAACACGGUCCUCCCCGACGUCAUCGAGUUUCCACCGCGUAUAUCUGGCACGCUCAGACUCGCGACAUGGAACGUCUGUGGCAUUGCCGCCAGCCAAAAGAAGGGCUUCAAGCGAUAUGUUGAAGCAGAGGACCCUGAUAUCCUCGUGUUGACCGAGACCAAGGUGAACAAUGAGCCCGUUGACCUUGCUCUGAAAGCACGAUUCCCCCAUUGGUACUGGUCAAUUUCGAGCAAGAAAACCUACUCCGGCACUGCGAUUCUAUCCAAAAUAAAACCUCUUUCAGUCACUACAACGUUGCCUGGACAUCCAGAUCCUGACCUCGUCAAAGGCCGCAUUAUAACCCUCGAAUUCGAGAACAGCUAUGUUGUUGGAACAUACGUGGUCAAUGCAGGACAAGACUUGAAGACUUUAGAGCAAAAGAAGGAAUGGAAUGUUCAUUUCACAACGUACAUUCGCGACCUCGACAAGCGCAAGCCGGUAAUCUGGACGGGCGACUUAAACGUCGCACCAACAGACCUUGAUCUCUCAAACGGCAAGAAGAACUGGAACAAAUCUCCUGGUUACACCGAAGCGGAGACAACGGCUUUCAAAAACAUCUUAGAGCCCCCUUCUGAGGUCGCAGACUCGAACAAAUUUGUCGAUGUGUGGCGACAACGGCAUCCCGAUGAACGCCAAUACACGUAUUUCUCCUACCGUUUCAACUGUCGCCUGAAGGGUCUCGGUUGGCGGCUCGACAUGUUCGUGCUCAGCGAAAGAAUCGCAGAUCGCGUGAAAAUGGUUUGGUAUCCAUUGCUCUGGCUCCACUCUCUCAGCAUCUUCCAGUGCGAAAUCCGGAGUGAAAUCUACGGCGCCUCUGACCACUGUCCCCUCGUCAUGGAGAUUGAAGGAGCUUUAUAA